AUGUCCUCCACCGUGAACAACGGGGCUACCGGCAUGCCAGCUCCACCGGAUGCUGCCAAUGGCUUCCCGCAGCCCGGCGCCUCGUCCGGGUCCUGGCCGCGCGCGGAGGAGGAGCUGCGCGCCGCCGAGCCCGGCUUGGUGAAGCGCGCGCACCGGGAGAUCCUGGACCACGAGCGCAAGCGACGCGUGGAGCUCAAGUGCAUGGAAUUGCAGGAGAUGAUGGAGGAGCAGGGGUACUCAGAGGAGGAGAUCCGGCAGAAGGUCGGGACCUUCCGGCAGAUGCUGAUGGAGAAGGAAGGCGUACUGACCCGGGAGGACCGGCCUGGGGCCCACAUCGUGGCAGAGACCCCGCGACGAAUGGAAGGCUUGGAGCCGGGCCUGGAGUACCCACCCUUCGAUGAGGACGACGGCCCAGUGGAUUGCGACUGCCCGGUCUCCUGCUACCGCGGGCACCGGGGGUACAGGACCAAGCACUGGUCCAGCAGCUCUGCAUCGCCCCCUCCCAAGAAGAAGAAGAAAAAGAAAGGCAGUCAUCGGAGGAGCCGCAAAAAGAGGAGACUAGAGUCAGAAUGCAGCUGUGGGAGUGCUUCCCCCCUGCGCAAGAAGAAGAAGAAUGUGAAGAAACACCGUCGAGAUCGGUCUGAUUCUGGGUCCCGGAGGAAGAGACGAUACAGAUCGAGAAGCCUCAAGAGCAAACGAAAAGAAAAAAACAAAGAUCGAAAGAGGCCUCACACUGAGUCUCCAGGCCGAAGGUUCCACCACCACAGCAGCGCCAGCUCCCACAGCCCCUCAAUGUCCUCACACUACAGUGAUUCCGGAUCACCCAGCAGACUGAGCCCCAAGCAUCGAGAUGACGGGCGGAAGACAGGCAGCCAGCGAUCCAGCGGGAGCCGGUCGCCAUCCCCAUCGGGCGGCAGCGGAUGGGGGUCGCCCCAGCAGAACGGAGGCAGCAGGCAGCGAAGUGGAACGCACGGCGGUCGCCCCGGCUCGGCGCACAGCCCGCCCGAUGUACGUAAGCUUGGCUUUGUGGAGGGUUCUUCACGCUGUUUGCCNGCGGACUGCGCCGUGCGGGCUGGGGCAGGNGCAAAGGAGCGCCCCCCGCGCGCACGGCCGGCUAGCACCUCGCCAUCGCCUGGCACGCGCGGCCGACGGGGAGGCCCAGAGGGCAACAGCUCAUCGCGCAGCCCGGGUCCCCAUCCGGGCUCCUGGAGCUCCAGCCGCUCGCCCUCCAAAUCCCACUCGCGCUCCCCAGACAAAAGGACCCGCAGCCCCAGCCUCUCACCGUCACCCAAGAAACCUCUUGGCAGGGACAAGGACAGCGAAGGCCGUGCGAGGCACGCCGAGGCUGAGGCCGCCCGCACCCGGCGUCGCUCCCGCAGCUACUCGCCCAUCCGAAAGCGGCGCCGGGACUCGCCCAGUUUCAUGGAGCCGAGACGCAUCACCAGUGCCCGCAAGCGUCCCAUCCCCUACUACCGGCCCAGCCCCUCCUCUUCCUCCAGCUGCUUGAGCACAGACUACUCAAGCCGGAGCCACAGCCGGAGCCCCAGCCCUGGCCACAGCCAUGGAAGCUACAGCAGCCGCAGUCACGGGACUCGCAGCCGCUCCUGCAGCGCCUCCAGGAGCCGCAGUCCUAGCUACCACAGCCGGAGCAGCUCUGAGAGUGGGGGCUUCUAAGCCCAGACGGACCCAUCUAGGGUUGGAAGGCCCUGGAACAAGGAGAGGCUGGGGCCCUGAGACCUGGGAAAGAGGGGUCUGUACCCCCAUAUUGCUACAGAGGUCCCGGGGUGGGGGUGGGGCAGCACGUGGGCAAGUGGGACUACAGAAGAGCGUCUUCUAGGGUGGGUGAACCACCCACGAGGAGGAAUCAAACUGUCCNGCCCCUGAGGUGUGCCCAUCCCCACGCCCUGCCCACCCACCAUGCCCAGGGAACAAAGAGCCUUUGNGAACACAGGGAUCAGAUCACCACACCCCUCUUCUGCUUGAGGCCAGCUUACCAGCCUGGGGCCCAUUGCCUGUGUAUGGCACAAGAGUCCACAAGAGUUGGCUGUCACCUCACCUGAGCUCAGUGGACCCCCCUCCCCCCCGCACAGCUUGGAAGGUGCCAUGCCUGGGACCUUCCCCUCCUCUUUCUCUAUCUCCCACGGGGUGGAUCUAAAAAUGGCAAAGCGAGCCAGAUCUAAGAGAGAAGAAAGGACCACCUAACUCCUGGGGUAAUGCCAGGCACAAUGAGAAGUUCACACUUGGCCCAUCUCUCUCCCUCGCCCUCACAUCAAGGCCACGCCCUCCAGGCCUUCAUCAGCACAAGAGGUGGCNUAUACCACAUCUGUAUCUAACACGGAAGUUAAAGGUCAGCGGCUGAGGCCCUAGCUCAGUUGGUAGAGUGCUUGCCUAGCAUGAGUGAAGUCCUGGUUUCCAUCCCAAACAAAGCAUAAAACUGAGCAUGCUAGUGCAUGCCUGUAAUCCCAGCACCCUGGAGGUCGAGGCAGGAGGACCGGAAGUUCAAGGUCAUCUUAGACUACAUAGUGAGUUCGAAUCCAACCUGGGGUACAGGAGAAUCUGUCUCAAAAGUGAGAGACUGGGAAUUCAGGCCAGAAGAUAAGAAAAAAACACGGGUAGAAAGCAGCGGCAUUUUUUUUUUUUUUAAGCAUGGGCCCAAACAAGGCAGUCAGAUGACCAAACAGGUCAAGGGCUACUGGGAGACAGGUACAGGCU